GCGCCGUGGCGGGCUGAGCCAAUCGAGCUGUAGGUUAGGAGGACGUGGUGCUUGGGGCAGCAGUGGACGGGCGGAGCGGCCGGGAGGAGGUAAAGUUCUAGCAAAAUGUUUGUUACAGCAUUUUUGCUCCGAAAAGGAAUUCCAGGCAAACAAUGGAUAGGGAAAUACAGACGUCCGAUAAAAAUUACGUGGCAAAUGAAACGUAAUGUAAUUCGGAGGUUGGAGAUUGAAAAGGAAACAGAAUACUGGCUCAGCCGCCCCUGGAUGACAAUGGAACAAGAAAGAGGUCAUGCAUCACAACGCAGAGCUGAGCGGUGGGAAGCCUUGAAGGCUGCCAGAGCUGCAACUUUCCCUGCACCAAGGUACAUUGAAGAUCAUUUAAACCACUUAAAUGUAACAAAAAAGUGGGGAAAUUGAAGCAACUGAAGAAGCCAUUUUGAAUGUGACUGCAGAAAGAUUUUUUUUGAGAAGAAGCUUCCUGAUAAUCAUUGUAAACUCUAACAAAUAGUGCCAUUGGUUAUGUAUGAUUUCUAAAGCGCUUGAAAUGGCCUGUCAUCUUCAAAGUAACAGAAUAAUUUUAUGAUUAUUAAUAUCGGGGAAAUUUGUACUUUUAUUCCACAGGUCCUGAUAAAAUUGUAUAUUUAUUAAGAAACAUGAAAAUUAAAUAUUCCUCAACUUAA